AUGGAAGGAAUGGGUAGGACUUUCCCCAUCGAUCCAGAUGAAAUAUGUAUUUGGGAUCUAAUUGAGUUAGGUAGAAAGUGUGGUAAUUACACUGACCAAGUUACAUUAUUCUACCUAGUUCCUGGGAAUGGUUUUUCACCAACCUUCAACAAUAUCUUCAACUUGGAAGUGGAACUGGCCAUCUUGAAUGGAGUUGCAAGUGUACUGCCAGAUGCAGAGCAUAGACAUUGUGCAAGGCACAUGUUUGCUCUAUGGCACAAGUCCUUUAGAGGGGAUGAGAUGAAACUGUUGUUUUGGAAAAUAGCUAAGGCAUAUAAUGUUGCUGACUACAAUGAUGGACUAGAGGAAUUGGCUAAGUUAAACCCAGAUGCAACUACUGCAUUCAAGGCAUACAACCCUAAAUGCUUCUGUAGGGCUUUCUUAGAUACUAGUGUGAAGACAGAUGCCAUAACUAGUAAUAUGGCUGAGACUUUUAACGGUUACAUCAUAAAUGCUAGGACAAAGCAUCUCAUAUAUAUGUUAGAGGAUAUAAGAGUUGCUUUAAUGCAAAGAUUAGUCUUGAAAAGACAAGAAAUGACCAAGUGUACUUCAGUGCUUUGUUCUAGGAUCCAAGCCAAGUUAGAUGUGGAGAAAAUUAAGGCUGCUAAUUGUGAUGUGUUGCCAUCAACAGAUACUUUGUUCAAUGUGCAGUAUUACCUUGAUAAGUUGAAUGUGGAUUUGGAAUCCAAGACUUGUACAUGCAGAAAAUGGGAUAUGUUAGGCAUCCCUUGCAGGCAUGCCAUAGCUUGCAUCUAUUUUGUUCACAAAGAAGCUGAGGACUUUGUGCAUGGCUGUUACAAGAGAGAGGUCUAUUUAAGGGAAUAUGCUGGUUCCAUACCUCCUGUGGAAGGUGAGAAACACUGGCCUAGGAUAGAAAGCAAUAUCAGCCCACCUCCAAUUAAAAUUGGACCUGGCAGACCUAGGUUGAACAAGAGAAAGGACCCAUUUGAAGACCCUAAAAAGCCUGGUAAGCUUACUAGGCAUGGUAUGGAGAUGACAUGCAGUCUCUCCCAUACCAAGGGCCAUAACAAACGAAGGUGCCCCAAUAGAGACACUGCUUCAGGUGUUGUGCGUCCACCAAAAAAGGCUAAGGGGAGACCAAAAAAUGAUGGACCAAGCACUGCUUCAACAUCAGAUGCUGCACACUUGGAUUCUACAGCACAACCAUCAAGAUUAGGAAGAGGUGGGAGAAUGAUUAGAGGUGGAAGAGGUUCUAGAGGGGGUGGGAGAGGCAGAGGAGGAAGGAGGGGAGGUACCGAUGGGGAUGACGCCAUGGCUUAG